GUGCGUUCCGAAAUACAUAGAAAAAUAACGGUCCAAACCGUUUUCUUUCCAAGUAUACGUAGCGUGAACCCGUGUACGAUCGCAUCGUGUGCAAGAGUGUGUGCUACAGUUUUUCUUUUUUUUUUCGAUCACGUAUAAAGUCUUCGGUUUUUACAAUUUCUUGGAAUAAUCCGCUUCUUCGAUCUGUACCCCGCUUACUAUAAAAAGCUUAAAAAAGCAGAGUGUUUGCUGAACGACUCGACGGAUGUAGAAGGUUGACGCGAUUCUUCUCAGCGUACUGUCUAAAAAUGCAAAUGCAAGAUACCGAAGGUGCUGAUGGCUCGCCGUGGAAUAAUUCUAGUGGCUGCGAGGAGGAUCGUAGGCUACCUCAAAAGGAGGGUAAAAAGUCAAAUGUGUUACCGCUAUGGGGCAAUGAGAGGACUAUGAAUUUGAAUCCUUUGAUAUUGACCAACAUACAGUCGUCACACUAUUUCAAGGUGAAUCUGUAUGAGCUUAAGACCUAUCAUGAGGUAAUCGACGAGAUCUACUACAAGGUAUCCCAUCUGGAGCCCUGGGAGAAGGGUAGCAGGAAGACUGCGGGUCAGACUGGCAUGUGUGGAGGCCGGUUCAUGCAGGUGCGAGGCGUAGGCGCGGGCGGCAUCGUUUCCACGGCUUACUGUCUACUGUACAAACUCUUUACACUGAGGCUAACCAGGAAGCAAUUGAACGGGCUCAUUAAUCAUCCAGAUUCGCCGUAUAUCCGCGCCUUGGGAUUCAUGUACAUUAGAUACACACAACCGCCGGCGGACUUGUUCAGCUGGUAUAGCGACUAUCUGGAUGACGAGGAAGAAUUGGACGUAAAAGCUGGCGGCGGACAGACCAUGAAGAUGGGUGACAUCCUCAAGCAGUUUCUUACUAAGCUCGAAUGGUUCUCCACAUUAUUUCCGCGUAUACCUGUACCGAUUCAGAAGGAUCUAGAAUUACGGCUGGCGGAGCGUUUCCCUCAACAGACAAUGAACGCACGUAACGCCAAGCCGCCAAUUACGCUUAACAGUUCGCACGGCAAAUACGGCAAUAGUGUGGGGAUUGGUAGCGGAAGGAAAGACAACGGCAAUAUGACGACAACGCGUAACCAACAGCAUCAUCAUCACCAUCAUCAUCAUCAUCAUCAUCAUCACCAUCAACAACAGCAGCAGCAGCAGCAGCAGCAGCAGCAGCAGCAGCAACAGCAGCAGCAGCAGCCCCGACACAUUCCUGACAGCGAGGCUCAGUGGGGCGAGGCAGAGCGUACGAGUCACUGGCGUGCCAGAUCCGAUGAGGAUCGUAAGGACAAACAUCGGGAACGUGAUCGGGAGCGAGAGAGGCAGCGCGAACGCGAUCGGGAGAGAGCUCGCGAACGGGAUAGAGAGAGAGAAAGGCAUUGCCGAAGGUCCAAUAGCCGUGACAGAAGUAGAAGACAAAAGGAUUACAGAAGCCGCAGCAGGGACAGGUUGCAUAGAGAUCGGAGCAGAGACCGUCAUCGCGAUAGAGAUCGGCAUCGAGACAGGAGGGGUUCACCGUACGAUUAUGCUGCGGAGUUGGCCCGUGAGCGCGAGAGACAACGAAGGGAGUGAGCAAGACCAUCGCGACUACACACCAUGUACAUAUUAUAUGAACGUAAUUAUUUGUACAAGCGUGUAACUAUGGGGAUUGAGAGUAACAGUAAUCUAGAACCGAGCCAUACUACUUUUCGUCAUCGUCGUCAUCAUUAUCAUCAUCAUCAUCAUCAUCAUCAUCAUCAUCAUCAUCAUCAUCCAACAACAACAACAA